AACAACAGUGUAACUUCUUCCUGAUUCCACAUUAUGAAUAAACAAUAACAAUAAACGCUUCUUUGUAGUACGACUUGAACAGGACCAUACCCACAAAUGUUAAGUGGGGUUAUGUUGUUGACGUUGACAUUUGAUAAUGACAUGGACGGAAAUAAUCCUCUGCGCCGAUUCUCGCGCAUAUUAUAUAGAACGGGUUUUAUAUUUUUACCAUGAAAAUUUUCACAAGAAUUCUUUUAGGUGUAAUACGACAGCAAUAAUUUUCGGCAUAAUUAUAACCCUAAUUUUCGGAGUAAUUCUCUUGUGUGUAAAACGGCUCUUAGAAAGUAAUUUUAUGGAAAUUUUCAAACGAAAUACUACUAUGCUCAGGACGAGAAAGCGAUGUAGCUUUUCAAAAUCGAACCAGUGGCGAAGGCAUUAAGACCGUGCUGGAUAAAUAUGGCUGCCGAUGAACAUAUUAGUGUCAGAUUGGAAGAACGGCUUAAAAUAAAAAUAGGAGAAGCAAAAAAUCUCCAGCCUAGAGUUCAUGGGUCAGCCACACAAAGAGAUGUUUUCUGUACAUUGUCAUUGGACCAAGAAGAGAUAUUCCGAACAUGCACAGUUUAUCAGACAUUGAGCCCAUUUUUUGGUGAAGAGUUCCAGUUUGAGGUACCAAGAAACUUCAGGUUUAUUUCCAUAUAUGUCUUUGAUAGGGACAGACACUUAAAACAAAACAAAGUUCUGGGAAAGGUUGCUAUAAGAAGGGAACAGUUAUCAUCAUAUAAUAACAAGGAUCAUUGGUUUCCUAUAAAGGCAGUAGAUGCAGAUUCGGAAGUGCAGGGGAAGGCCAACAUCCAAAUAAAGUUUGAGCCUGAUGUAAACAAGAAUAAACCAUGCAGCUUCAAUACCUUAAGAAAAUUAAUAGUCCAAGUAGUGCAGUGCCUGGAUUUGACAUUGAAAAAUGGUGCUUGUGACCCUUAUGCACUGGUGACUGUUGUAUACACAAAUGGGAAGCGGAUAUCCAAGAAAACAAAGGUACGUAAAAAAACGACGAACCCCCAAUUCGACGAAGUGUUCACGUUCUACAACAGCGGAAGCAGCAGUGCGGAUGACUCCAAGGACGUAUCCUCACCAAACGGGGAAGACCCGGCAGAAAUUUGUGAACUCCACGUGUCCAUUUGGCACGAUUCGCCUGGUAUCAGUGACGAUGUCUUCCUGGGGGAGGUUCGGGUGCAACUGAGAGGGAUGCAACAACAGAAUUCAGCUCAUAGAAAUGCCUGGUACUACCUACAGCCAAGGUCCGGAAAAAACCGUCCAUAUCCAACACAUUCGACUCCUCCUGGCACCCGAUUAUCUGGAGAUAACUCAUUAGGGUCGCUACGUCUCCAGAUACAGUACACGGAGGACAGGGUGUUUCCUGCCUCAGUAUAUGAUGAUCUCAAAAAUUUGUUACUUGAAAGUAUACAUGUACAGCCUAUCAAAGCUACUUCAGUAUAUAUAUUAGGUGAAAUAAUAAAUAAGAUGGAUAUCGCACAGCCAUUGGUUAGGAUAUUUAUGCAUUACGAUAAAAUCGUACCAAUAAUUGGAGCAUUAGCCAAUGUAGAAAUAUCAAAUGUAACUGAUCCAACGACGAUAUUUCGCGGAAACACUUUAGUAUCUAAAAUGAUGGACGAAGCGAUGAGACUGAUCGGCCUACAGUACCUGCACAAGACCCUGCGACCCACCUUGGAGCUGAUUUUUGCUGAGCGCAAGCCCUGCGAAAUCGACCCUACGCGUGUUCGAGAUGCUAACGUCAUUGCGGCCAAUCUGGCCAAUCUCAAAUUCUACAUCCAGAGGAUAUUUGAGGCCAUUACACAGAGCGCUGUGUAUUGCCCGGCCUUGAUGUGCCAGAUCUUCCACAACUUGAAGGAGUGUGCCAUGAAGCAUUUUCCAGAGAAUAAAGGAGUGCGGUACUCGGUCAUAUCUGGGUUCAUCUUCCUCAGGUUCUUUGCACCAGCUAUAUUGGGACCGAAGCUGUUCGACCUCACGACGCAGUCGGGGGAUUGUCAAACGAACCGAACUCUAACCCUGAUCUCUAAGACGAUUCAAUCGUUGGGAAAUCUGGUGAGUUGUCGAUCGACGCAACAGGUGUGCAAAGAGGAGUACAUGGAGUGCCUCUACAAGGAGUUCUACACGGAGGCGCACGUCACGGCUGUCAGACAGUUCCUGGAGAUCAUCUCUGCGAACACGUCGGCGUGUCGCAGGGAAGCGGAUGACAUGCCUGUCACUUUGAAGGAGGGACUGAUGAUUAAAAGGGCACAAGGAAGGAAGAGGUUUGGGAGGAAGAAUUUCAAACAAAGAUACUUUAAACUCACAACACAUGAUCUCAGUUAUUCUAAGAACAGAGGAAAGGAAGCUCUAUGCAGGAUACCCCUUACGAACAUCCUGGCGGUGGAAAGACUCGCCGAAACGUCUUUCAAGAUGAAAAACAUGUUCCAGAUCGUACAACCCGAGAGAGCGCUGUACGUCCAAGCUGCCAACUGUGUGGAAGAGAAGGAGUGGGUAGACCUAUUGACGAAGAUAUGCCAGACGAACGCCAAUAGGUUGAACAAGUAUCAUCCGUCGGCGUUCAUCAAUAAUCAGUGGUUGUGCUGUAAGUCUCCAAACGAAUUAGCACCAGGUUGCAGUGAAGUGUCGCGGUUGGACAAUAACUACCACAUGUCGCUGGAUCCUGAAAGGGACUUGCAAAGGAUACACUCUCUCAUAAUCAUGCAUAUCAACACCUUGGAAACGUAUAUAAAUCUGAGUCAACGGGAAGAGAUGAUUUGUAACAUUCUUAAACAACUGAGGGAAGUCGCUUUCCAGAUAGAACACAAGCAUCGACUGUAUAAAAGGAACCUGGAUAGAAAUACCAAAUACGGCAGUCUUGCGGCGCCGAUAGGUGACGACAACUACCUGUUGGCAUCUCGAAUGAACAUUGACACAUCGGUGUUAAGGCGGUGCGUCUCCAGCGAGCCCAGCUCAUACUCUUGACCAACUUAAUGUACAAAAAUGUGAAUAGAACCAGGAGGAAUAAAGACAAUUGAUGAUUCUCAUGCUUAAAAGACUGCUGCUAAGGUAUACAUUAUUAUGAAACCGAAGAUAUUGGGCAACAUCGCUGGUAUAUCCUGAGGACGUGCGAAAAUCAGAAAUAAUUGAGUGUCUGCCAUUUAGGCCUAAAGUAAAGCUAUUAUUUUCGUAUAUUACGAAUCAGCUAGACCUAAACUAAAAUGGUACUUAUUUUGACAGUGAUUCCUUUUUCGAGCACCACCAUUAUUGAUUAAAGUUUGAGGAGGACCUUGCGGAACGUGAUAUGAAAAAAGCAACUGGACCAUGAAACCUUUUUUUGAUGUGUUAUAUAUGUCGGACUUGAGGAAAGUGCCUUUUGAAUGUAAUUCGUUAGAAAAUGUUGAAAAAUUCAAGCUUAAAUUUUGUCGUUAUAGUGCGCUUAUACCAUUUUUGAAAUAUCUUGAUGGAAAUAUUUUCUCUUGAAAAUAUUCCCAUUAUUUCUAUAUGUAUAGUGUACAUAUGAGGUCAAUUAAAACUAGUUCAGCCGAGUCAACCUGAACGGCAGUUAAUACAAUAAUAUUAAAAUAAAAAUAAAACUUGUUUUCACUGAUAGUGUAAUUUUGGUGUUUUUGAUGGAAAGUCUCGGUUUGAAUGAAUAUUUUUAAACACAAUUCUUGUUAUAUAGAUGUAGUCACAUCAGAUGAAAUAACGGGCAAACGUUUUCCGGGGAACAAAUAUAAAAAAAAAUAAAUCUUCAAAGGUCUUAUCCCGGAAAUGAGAAGGUUCAAUUCCUUAUUGGGAGGUACUACGAGGUUAGCAAAAAGUCACAAAGGUACUCCUACUACUAGGUGGAGGGAAAUAACCUCUGUUCAUCAGGUGGCGCAUAUUUUCUUCACAAGAAUAUAAUAAAGUGCCUUUUAGUUCUGAGAGUAAAUCCUAUUUGAAAAAAAAUCACACUGAAAAGAUGGUUCAAAGUCUGUUAAUACACAGGCGGUUAAAGAUGGUUUGAAAAAAACAUAAAACACGAUUUAAUAGCAAAUCGAACUAAAAAGUAGAAAAUAAUAUUCAAGUAUGGGAGAGUUUCUGUUACUGCAAAAGAAAGUCCAACAAUCCAGUAUGACUAAUUAAUUUGGAAUAAGAUCAAUAUAAAAAUUAAGACUAACAAAAAAUUCAAUUGUGAAAAAAAGUGGGAAGCUUGAUAUUAAAUCUUAGAAUUAUUUUUUAAGUGUUAUUUACGAAAUUGGAGGUAUUAUGAAAAUAUUGUUAUCGUUUUGUUUACUAUAAUCGUAUUUUUUGUUAUAAUCUCCAUUUUUAUACUGAUCUUAUUCUAAGUUAAUUAUUCAUACUUGAUUGUUGGACUUAACUAUUGCAGUAAAACAAAUUCCCCUAAACUUGGAAAUUAUUUUCUACAUUUCAGUUCGAUUUUUUUUUUUAGUUUUUUUUAACUAAUUUAUUUUCUGAAGUUCUAAUCUCAAAACGACAAACCUACUAAAAAUCAAGAGCUUCGAUUUUUGGUAUUUCAUAUUUGACAAUAAAUCUAAACGUACACCCAAAUUUUUGCAAAUUACCAAAAUUUCCAUAUUUUUCAAAUUAUUUUUCGAAUUUCCCGAUUAUUUUCCAACUUCUUAAAUCCAUUUGUUCCAAAUUUAAAAAUUCGUUUUUUAAAAAUUUAUGAAAAUUAAGUUGAUAGAUGACCUAAUAGAAGCGUGUUAAAAAUAACGCAAUGUUUCUAUAAACAUAGGUUGUAGAUACAUGGGAGCUUAAAAUGUAUAUGCCUCUGAUGGGACUGAAUAUGGACAAAACAAAAAUAUUGUUCGAGCGACACUAUGGUGUAAUGGGAUUAUACUGGAUACAAUUUUCAAUAUGAAACUUCACUAACUUCAUUAUGCUUUCAAAGAAAACGUAUUUAUAUUUUUUAUAUGGAUUUCACCUCUAUUAUUCAAACCAAUAUUUCUCCAAAUGGAUUAAUCUGAAAAAAAUAUCCAUGUUGUGUUGCCAUUGCAGUGGUGUAGCACUAUACACGAAAACUUGUGUAUUGUUACAAGGUUGCUACCUCUUAAAAAAAAUCAAGUCAGUACUUAAUCCAUUCUGAAGCUAUAUUGUUUUUCGAUUUAAAAAUUACAUCUUUGAUGGCACCCUGUAUCUCCACAAUGCCCCAUGUCUUCUUGUUAUUUUUGGAUCUCCUUUGUACCCUAGACAUAUUGUCACUGUUCCCUGAAUCGGGCUGUAGAUUGCUAUUUUUCUGACAUUUUUCUGAUUUCUUUCUGAAAAAAAGUUAUAUAUAAAUGAAGAUCAUUCUACUUCUUCGUCAAAUAUACAAUUUGUUAUUGUUGAGGUGCAAAAAAUUAUAACAUAUCCAAAAUACUGCAGCAUUGAUUUUUUGAUUAUCUAACUCCUUUUUUAAAAUUGUGAUCUCAUUAAAUACAUAUAGACCUAAUUGUUGUUGAGAAUUUGCCUAUUCUAGCAGUUUCCUUAUUAAUAAAAGAAAACAUUGGCUUGACCUAACUGAGAUAGCGAGAUUCAAGUGCCAAUAUUUUUUCACGUAAUAAACAAAAAAUCAUUGUUCAUCCUAGCAUUACACACCUAUUCAACUUACUUAUGAUUAAAACCAUAUAGUAACUAGUUUAUCUCUGCUCUUGUAUUAUCGGUGUUAGACUAGAUUAGUUAAACCACUUUAGAUUGCAGGAAUCUAGCCUUACAGUAAUUUUCAGUUUUCGCAAAAAGAGACAAUCAAUACCUAUUUGAAGUGUGUAUUUUAUUUAACCUUAACAUAUAAUCGAUCCAUUGAACCAAAUGAGUACAAAGCGUUAAGAGUGUGUCUUAUGAAAUCGCCGACAGAAAUCAUAUUAUCCUGUACAAAUUGUGAAACAAGGAAGCUUUUCCCCAAACAUAUGAAAUAUGCGAAUUUUUUUGGUCCACAAUGUGUACUUCUAAAACUUGGAAGCAAUAUUAAAUUUAAUGGUAAAUAUAUUUUAGGAAAAAUUCUAAUGUAAAUUAUACAUUUGUAUAUGCAACUUUGAUAAAAAAUUAAAUCAGUUCCCUAGAAUCGCAUUUCUAAUGAAUUCAAGUAACCUAUUUUUGAAGCAGAAAUAAUAUAUAUUUAUAUUGAGAUUGCUUCAAAAAGUAUUAGUUAUUAAUGAGCAUUUAUAACAAAUAAUGUAAUUAUUUGCGCCGUUUUCCAGUUUUCCAAAUUCUGUAGCAAUAAUUAUAAUGUCCGAAUUAAUACUCUUAUCUUUCAAAAAAACUUAUUUAAAGUUUGUGUGAAUUAUUUUAACGUUUACCCCGUUGCUCGUCAUUUAAAACAUUUGAAACAAAAAAGCCAGCUUUCAAAGUUGACUAAUCUUUGAAAAGUACCCUUGUUAUUUUGGAAAUUAUUUUGAAAAUAAAGCUUAGAAAUCAUCAUUGCAUAUGGUAAGUUACCGGUAUUGGAGAAGCACAGUAAUGCAUCCAGUCUUCCUUUCCACUUUUAGCUAAUAGUGAUUUUACCAAUAAAUUUCAAUUAUAGAUAUAGAUAAGCUUACCUCAAAAUAGCUGCAAUAACGACCAAUUGCGACAUAACGGAAUUCCAGAGAGUGGUGCCAUUUUUUUUGGUUAUAGAUAGUUUUCAACUCUACUAGACAACAAAUAUAACAGUAGAAAUAUAACGGCUUAUACACGGUGUUCCAUAAUACUAUCACCACCUAAAUAUUUCGGAAACUCUGCAGUCGGGAAGGGUUUUUAGGGCGAAAAUGAUGGUGACCUUGGCAACGACUUUCAAGGUCUUUUUAAGUUCAAGUUUAUAUCGGAAUUGAAAAGAUGGGCAAAUUUCACGUCCGACCAUCAUCUUGUACCAUUGCCUUCAAGGCCACUUCAAGACAUCAAAUAAUUUGCAGCAUAGUUGUGAGCUUUGUGGGGAUCUCUCAAAGGUGCCUUGACAUUGACCUUCAAGGUCAAGUCAAAAUUUUCGCCCGAAUAUGACCUUGACCUCAAAUAAAGCAAUAUUCCUGCUUCUUCCAUUUCCAGUAUAAAAAUGUGAGUUUCCUGAAAUUUUGACUUGAUCUUGAUGAUCAUUGACCUUCAAAUGACCUUGAAGGUCGAAUCAAGGUUACAACAACUUUCAUUUCAAACUUUUUUUCUAGAAUGCGUAGUUUUUGAAAUAUUUAGGUGGGGAUAUUAAAAUAGAAUAGGUAUAUUCAAAUUCUUUAUUUUGAAUUCUUGAAAUAACCAGAUUUUAUAUUUGGUUUUGAGGAACGUACUCUCUGAAACACGUACUUUUUGACCACUUGGUGUCAGCGGAUAUAAAAGCAUGAUAAAAAGUCAGAAGACUACAAAACUGUAAAAUAGUGUAAAUAUUUCAUUAGAGGCCAUCGCGAACUGGGCAUUUACUCUUUCUAGAAUUUUUCUUCUAACCAUGGGUAGCUUUCCUUUUAAUUUUCUGUAUCUCUGGUUUUAGCUCUAAGGAUUGUGUAUACCUGUGCGUUCACCCUUAAAAAUAGCUUGGGUUUCGUGAAAAAUAAGUCAUCUUUGAGUCAAAUUUAAUUUAAAUAGACAUGUUUAAUUGAACUGAAAAAUACUCAAGCAAAAAAAAAACGGGGAAUUCAAGUUGAAUCGUGGAUAUGUCAUCAAUAAAGGAAAUAAAGAAAUAAACAAUUUUUUUUUCAUUCAUUAUUUCGAAGUUUUUUUUAAUUGUAUAGUGUUUUUAGAACAUUAGAAGACAAUCAUUUUUCAUAUUCGACUUCCAUAUUUUGAUCUGAAUAUAAUUUAAUUUUCGUGGUGCUAUCGGCAUUAUUGUCUUCCUCAUCCAUGCUUCCUCUUUGUACUUUUGUUCAUGAGGCAUUAUUUUUUGUUAAGAAAGGUUCUAUAAAAUAGAUUUAUCGUUUAAAACGAGUUUUACCUAUAACAUGAAUUGAAAUUAUAAACGUUACAUUUUUUAAAACAACGUAAAAAUCGAAUACUUUUCUACCAGUGGGCUGACAUUUAAAUGUAUAUAAGCUAGAGUGUUAUAUUGUGAGUAUCUUAUACUACUUUAUUUUGUAAGGGUGAACUUGAAGGUGUUAAUCUAUUUUUGAUAAAUUUUGAUGUCUGCUUUAAUGUUAUAUAAAAUAUAUAUUUUAUGAUACGUGUAUAUAGUAUUUUUUAUGUAAAUUUUCACUUGCAC